AUGGCCGACCAAGUUCUGCCGCGACGCCCUGCUAACCAGGCGCAGGCUGCUGAAGCUGGAGGAGGCAUGAGCUUCAACAAGCUGCUCCUUGGAGGUGCUGUCUACUUCGGCCUCAGCUUCUUCAUGAAUUGGUACACCAAGAAGGAACAGACGGGCAUCACAGUCACUGAUACCAACACCGGAAACCUGAUCACGGUCCCGAGCAACAUUGGCACGAUCCCGCCCUACCAAUUUCGACCAGAUCGCCUCAACGAGGGAGCGACAUACCGGGCGAUUCCCAAGACUGUUGCGCCCAUCUGGGCUCAAGAUACCCAUGUCGACAUCACUGUUACUCUGGCGCCAUCCUUCAACGCGGUUCCUCUCUCGAACACUCCUGAAGAGUAUGUGGUGAUGCAAGAGAAGGGCUUCCACAUCAACAACUACACCGACAAGCGGGUCAUUGAGACGACAUUCCCCGUACCCAAGGCCGUCCAGAAUAACGGAACCCUAUGGGGUCAUUUCUAUAUCGGCCUUCCGGGCAGUGUACUCGACCCUAAACAGCCUGGCUACGACCCCGGGCACGCGUACCACUUUGCCUAUCCGCUGACCCAGUACCUACCGAAGAAGAAGAUCGCCAAGGUUCGCAAUCUGCUGGACGACGUUCCCGGGCGGGAUAAGAUCGAAGAGCAGGAAGAGGAGGAGGUUAGGCAGAAGGGACCGAUUAUUGCCAACUACUACCACCCGAACGCUAGCUUUGCUUUCGUCCCGGAUCUUGGCGUGAAGGAACUCAAUGCUCUGCCCCCGGCUGCGAGACACUAUCUACAGCUGGAAGCUUCGGGUGCCCGUGAUGGCACCGGCCAAAAUGGAUGGUACUACCCGAUGCUGUUCAUCAACACCUUCUGGCAGCUCAACAGCCACAUGAUGCUCCUCAACGAGACUGUCACAGAGCUCCCCCUACGCAUCGAUCUCAACAACAUGGCCAGCUGGAAGUUUCAGCUCCUGGCCAACAUUGAGUUCAAUUCAAAAGAGUCCGCCCGCCAGGCUGCUUUUGGCAACUCCAUCUCGGCCACCGGAGACGGCAGCGAGAUUGAGAUGGUCAAGGAAAUCUUCAUUGAUACGAACCCGAUCCUCCUUGGCAUCACGGCUUUUGCCAGCAUUGCUCACAUGUUCCUCGAGAUGCUCGCCUUUGGUUCCGACAUUGCACACUACCGCAAGAAGAAGGACAAUGUCGGUAUCUCGGUCCGCUCCAUCUUGGCCAACGUCUUCAUGCAGACAAUUAUCUUCCUCUACCUGCUCGACAACCAGCAGAACACGAGCUGGAUGAUUCUGGGACAGCAGGUCAUUGGCAUCCUCAUUGAGUUCUGGAAGAUUACAACUGUCGUGGACGUUCGCAUUCGUCCGUCGGACGGCAUUUUACCCUACAAGAUUGCCUUUGAAGACAAGACGAAGCUCACCGAAACCGAGGAGAAGACCAAGGAGUACGACGAGAUUGCCUUCAAGUACAUGUACUACGCGGCUGUCCCUCUGCUCAUCGCGUACGGCAUCUACUCCCUCCUCUACGACAGCCACAAGUCGUGGUACUCGUACAUCAUUACGACUCUCGUCGGCUCGGUCUACGCAUACGGUUUCCUCAUGAUGGUCCCGUCGCUCUACAUCAACUACCGACUCAAGAGUGUCGCUCACAUGCCGGGCAAGGCCAUGAUGUACAAGUUCCUCAACACCUUCAUUGACGACCUGUUCGCCUUCACCAUCAAGAUGCCCCUGCUGCACCGUCUUGCUACGUUCCGCGAUGAUAUUAUCUUUUUCAUCUACCUGUACCAGCGCUACGCCUACAGGAUAGACUACUCUCGUGUCAAUGAGUUUGGUCAGGGUGGCGAGGAUGAGGCUGAAGACAAGAUCGAGGCCAAGGGCAAGGAACUGGCAGCUGAAAAGGUUGAGGAGCUUGAGGCCAAGGGCAAAAAGGUCGUCGAGGAUGCCAAGGCCAAGGCCACCGGCGCCGACGCUGGGAAAGCGAAGAAGAGGAAGUGA